AUGGCAAAUACUAAGCCAAAUAUGAGACCUUUAAGGCCUAACUUUAAUAUAAAAAAUACUUCUUAAGUUUCAGAAUAAGAGCCUCCUUAACCAACACUUGAACUUAGAGAAUAGAGAGCUCCAGAACCAAAAAUGAAUUUAAGGCCUUUUGUACGUCCGCCUAGUUCAAAAAAAGAUGAUGUUCAACAAUCAUAAUAGUUUUAAGAAUCAAUUAUGGAAUCGAAAGUGGAUGAGUAAAAAAGUACAUAAUAAAGUAACAGUUUCGACUUAAAUUAAAAGGAAGAACACCAGUAAAUGGAUUUAGAAAAUUCAAUUUACAAUCUAAUGCACCUGUUUAAUAAAAUGAAGACAUCCCAAAUGUAGCAUAAUAAUAUUAAGGUCCAGCAAUAAAUCUAUUUGCAAAUAAAGAAAAAAUUCAAUAAGAAGUCAGUCAAAUAAAAUAAAAAGAAUUAAGAUAAAUGGUGCAAGUAUAAAUGAAGUAAAGACCUUUAAAUGCACCAGAAAUGAACUUAUUUUCAGGGAAAGAAUCUGUAGAUGGUUCAGAUGCAUUUAAAAAGAUGAAACCUAUAAAACCAACAAAUAAAUAAGAGCCAAUAACUAAAGAUACUAUAAAAGUAGCAGAACUAUUGGAAAAUAAGAUUCAGUUUUAAGCUCCUUUAGAAGAAUAAUAGAUUGAACCUAAAAAGAUUCCUAGAACAAGAGUUAAACAAGCUGUUUAGGAAUAAAUUGAUAUAGAAUAGUUAAAUAAUUAGUAAUAAAAUGUAAUCCAAUAAACAUAAGAAGUUAAGUUGGAUAAAACUUAAAAAGAUAUGAAUAAAAAUAUAGGUAAGAAAGGUGGAAAGACUUAAUCAAUUUAAAACUAAUAGUAAUAAAAUGAAUAACCAGAGGAAACUAACAUAUAAUUAGCAUAAACAAAAGAAAUAAUGCAAAACCAAUAAUAAAACGCUAUGACAAUUGAUGACUUUAAAGAAAGAGUAAUAUGCAUUAAUUAUUGAAUAGACAAUUUAAUUUAACAUGAGUACUACAAAAAACAUUGUAUAAGGUAAGUAGGAGGAAUAAAAAUAAAGAGCCAAGGAUUUGUAAUAAUUAAUUACAUUAGAAGUAGAUGAUUAUAGCAAUUAAUUAGUAAUUUAACCUAGAAGUAUUAAAAAUAUUAUUAUUUUUUUUAGCUGAAUAUGAAACAUAUCUCAAUCAUAUAAAAGCUAAUAUCAUUAGAAAUUCUUGUGAUUAAGCAUUUGAUGAUAGAUUAACAAUAGAAACUUAAACAGAUGAUUUUUAAACCAAUGAUUUUGGAGGACAAUGUCCUGAAGAUUAUAAUAGAACAUUUCUUGCACAUAAAUAAUAAUAUUAAAAAGAUAAUCGUUUAUGUGAGUUUAUUGAAUAAGCAUGUGAAAUUUUUGAAGAAAUUCUUAAUACUGGAUAUAGAAAUUAAGAUUAAAUUCAUUCAGAAUAAUAAAAUUAUACAUUUCCUAAUCAAAUAAAAAAUGCAUUUAAAUGCAAAUGCUUAAAUAUUGUAGCUCAUUAAAUAAAUAAUAAUUAAUUAGAAUUUUUUGAAACAUAUUAUAUUGAAAAUGAUAAAUUUAAGUGGAUGAAUGGUUCAAUAAUAAUUUAAUACCCUUAAAAUCUACUAUAUUAUAUUCCUUCAAAAGUAACAUGUUUAAUUUGUGAAUAAAAUCUACUGAUUUGUGGAAAUUCAGAUGGAUAAAUAGCUGGAUGGAGUAUUAAUGAUAUUGGUUAAACGAAUAAAUAAACAAAUAAAAUUAAAGAAUUAUUGUAGAAUGAAUUUAAGGUAAAAAGUUUAAAUUUUGCAUCGGAAUGGAAUUUAUCAAUACUUGAUUAAUUUAGUGAUACUAAUAUAAAUUAGUUAUCUUAAAUACAACAAAUAACACACAAUUAAUUUGUCAAAUUGAUUUUUGAGAUAGUUGUGAUGGAUAUUUUUGGAAAUAUAUAAAUUUGGGAAGUUUAAGAUUUGAAAUAUAAUGAAUAAGAAAAGUUGUAUGUAGAUUUAGGAAUAAAAUCUAAAAAGAAAUUAGUAUUAUUAAAUACAAUAAAUAAGAAUCUUACUAAGAUUUAUAGUAGUAUGAUAAUGGAUAUUGAUACGUAUUAUUAUGAAUAAUUUAAUUUAUAGUAUUUUGAUCUGUGGACCUACAAAAGUUAUUAACAUUUCUUAAUUAAAAUCAUAUUAUAAUGAUUCUGAUACCCAACCAUAUGUUGUUAGUAAUAUUUAUUAUAAUUAUUUUUGUGUUGGUUAUGUGGAUGGACAUAUUGCGUAAGAUAAUUAAUAAUAAUUGAUAGAUUAUUUAAUAAAGAGUUUACAAAAUCAAUAUGGUAAUUGAGGAUUGGUUUAAAGAAGAUUAUUUGGAUUAGAAUACUUUCAGAUGGUUUAAUAGGUGCAAUAGAUAGUGAAUCGAAUUUAUAUGUAUAUUGUGUAAAAGAUGAUUCUCAAAUGAUUGGCAAAUAAUUAGUUUUUGAAGAUCAUUGGAGAUUUAAUUAUGCUUAGUAUUUGUGAAUAAUUAAAUGUAAGCUAAAAUGGUAAAGAGUUGACAAUAAUUGGAAAAGAUAAAAAAAAUGAAUUACAAUUGAUUAAAGAGAGUUUGGAAUUAUAAGGAAGCAAAUGUGAGAUUUUCGAUAACAUUUAUUAGGAUUAUUAUGGAUAAUGAAAAAUAUAUAAAUAAAAUUAUUAAAUA